AUGAAAUUGAGCCGAACCGAGUUUCUCAUGUUUGCCUUUAUUUCCAUUCACUUGCAUAUCGUUUCAAGUCAGACAUACGAUGAGGCUGUUUCACUUUUAAGAAACAAAACGUUGUUCUAUGAAAAGAGUCUCAGACCAGUUAAAAACCAGUCAUCAACAUUGGUUGUACACGUUAACUUUGACCUAGUUUCUAUUCAAGAUUUUAAUGAGGUCCAAGAGAGCCUUACCGUUAUUGGUGGUCUUACAUUAAUAUGGACAGAUGAUUUAAUGAAAUGGAAUCCUACGGAUUAUGGCGGAAUGGUAGAUAUUGUUUCAGAGAGUGGUAAAUUCUGGACGCCAUAUUUGAUCCUCACUAACAGUGUGAACAAGUUAGACAAAGUCGGCGAAUCUUGGCAAAGGAUCCGUUUCACCCACGAAGGUGUUGCUAUAGUUAUUCAAGCAGACACGUGGUCGACCAUGUGUAAAGCCAAUGUUAAGUACUAUCCAUGGGACGACCACUGGUGUGGAUUCGAAUUUUCUUCAGUGGCGUAUAGACAAGAUGAAAUGUCGUUGCAGCCUGUCUCAGACGCAGUAAGUACACACUAUUACACAGAAAGUGAAACAUGGGAGUUAAAAGGUUCAGACAUACAAGUAAGUUAUGAAAAUUCCAGUGUAUUGUUCCGUGUUCAUUUUGCAAGAAAACCACUUUUCGUUCUUGUGAACGUCGUUGUGCCAAUUACUGCGAUGACGUUUCUGAAUGCAGUGAUAUUUGUGAUUCCUGCUGACAGCGGGGAACGUAUUUCGUACAGUGUAACAGUUCUUCUAGCUAUUGCAGUUUUUCUAACACUUGUUGGUGAAAACUUACCUAAAACAUCAAACCCCAUGCCAGUAUUCAGCUUCUACCUGUUAACAGUAUUGAUGAUAAGCAUUGUAAUCACUUUUGCAAACAUUUUUAGUCUACGAUUUUAUCACCAUGACAACACAGGCUCUGUAAAAGGUGUAUUUGCCAAGUUUACAAAAUAUUUGUUACACAUGAAUAAAUGCAAGAAGAAAAACAAAACAGUAAAAGGUGCAAAUACAUCAACGAAAGAGAAGAAAACUGGAAACAAAUCAAAUGUAAACAAAUUGGAUCUUUCAACGGGUUAUGAAAUCGAAGAUAAUUCAGUAUGCGAAUACAGUUCCUGUUCUUUUAUGAAUACAUAUAUAACAUGGAAAGAAGUGAGCGUCACUUUUGACAAAAUAUGCACAGUUGUUUUCAAUAUAAUUUUUAUGUUGGCUGCAUUCAUUUUCUUCAUGUGUGUGUACACAAAGGAAAAGAAAGUGUAG